AUGACUGGCUGGAGUACAGCUUCCAAGACGCCUGGCGUAAUCCCCACACGUCUCGAGUGUUGGCAAUGUCGUAAAGUCAAAGUUUCGGAGUUGUUUUCGAACAAACAAAAGAAGGAAUAUCUGGCAACCGUGGGUAUGGCAAAAAGCGGUAGCGCGGCGCCAAAGAUCAGAUGUGAUGAAUGUACCAAUGAUCAACGUGUUGAGAUGGUUUGCCAAGGACCAUGCUCGUUCAGUAAAACUGCUAGGAAAAAUGGAGCGAAUCACUGGUGCAUAGCAUGUCAAAGUUGGAAAUUGAGUGUCGAGCCCAGUGUCGCUGUUGGCCCAGCUCCAAAUUCUAAGCUCGCACCGGAUGAAACCCAUGAUUUGCCCGACUAUGAUAAAGGUGAUUCCGAAGAUGAGGAGCAGCACUAUGGUAAUGAUGACCAAUCUACUAUUUAUGAGACUGGCAUUCCAAGCAAGGCAUGGUACAAGCAUUCUCAGGUAGCCUCUACCGCAGACGCUUCGACUUUCAUUUCAGAUCCUGCGGUUGGAGCGGCUCAGAAGGGUUUUAGUUCUAUGAAUUUGGGUACGGAAAAUAAACCUCCUCUUCCACAUCUCCGAGGACCCGACUAUAAACAAACCAAACAAAAACCAGCUGAGCCUGUCAACACUACGCCUAGUAAAGAGGCAAGCAGCGGGUUUAGUAAGACUAACGCAUGGGGAGGAAAUGAACCGUUUGUAUGGAAGCCAGUUGGUCGUCGUGCCCGUCAAUCCGAGUCUGUUAAUGGCUCUCAAAAUACCUUCGAGCAACAAAGACAGAAAUUUCUAGGCCCAAGAAUUGUCUCCCGCCCUUCUUCCAGUUCCAGUUCUGACGAGGGUAAUAUACCAUCUCAACCAACCGUCGCCAAGUGGCCAAAUGCAGUUGCCAAACCCAAGAACCGCGGAUCGGAAGCUCGAGCGCCUCAAGUAGAUAAUGGAUGGGGCGGGUCAUCUGCUAAUAACGCAACCAGCAAGUGGGAAAGUGUAGCUGCUAAACCAAAGAAAGAAGUUCGAAGCCCACAAGCAAGCGUUUCACCUUCUAACAUCUCAACCGGCAAGUGGGCAAAAUGUACGCCAGCUCCCGAGGCCGCGCCUGUCGUCACCCGUGGCCCUUCUCCCCCACCGCCCGCGACUACUGGUCCUGCGUACAGAUACAGUAUCGAUGGGGAUAGCGAUAGUGAAUAUGAUUACUGA